CGCCGCUCUCCACACGCCCCGCCACGCCCGUGAUUUGAAUUCUUCUGCGACGCCGUGCCGUGCUCACUGCUCACCGCGCCGACCUCUGACGCUGUGGCGUCGGGCCAUGAUGCCCUCGCCAUGCCCAGCAGCGCCUGGAGACUGCCCGUCAGCCCUGGCGGCAGCCAUCGGUGCCUAAGUGGCAGCAUGCCCGCUGCAAGAGCUGCCAUUUCGCUACGGAGGUCGCUAUACAGCGCCCAGCCCUGCUCCGACUGCCAGCUCACGCUCGCCUACUCAUGCGCCGCGUGCCUCUGCGAAAUCUCCCUCACUGCCUGCGAGCUGCUAAUCAAGGCCCCCAGGCCGGCAAUAACUGACCCCCAGGCCCGGAACAGCACGAUGUCUGCACCCCCUGCUGUUCAUCCUGAGUAUCCUGGGACCGUAAGAUAAUAUACU